UCUUUGGAACUACUUGUUUGUAUCCAUACCCAUACGUCUUAGAUACAAAGUUAUGUAAUUACGUUGUAUUUUUCUAAGCAUUCUCGCUUUCUCUCUCAGGUUCUGAAAUUGCUCAAGUGUUCAUUAGCGUCAAGGACACCUUUUUCUGACUUCAUAUUAGAACCUCCCUUCAGUAAGCCAAUGCCCAUGGUUAAUCAUGGACAGUAUGGACCGAGGAUGACAAAUCUAUCUCAAAGAGAUGCAGACACCAGAAACGAGGAUGAAAAGAUAAACUUGAAGCUUAUCAUAAACAGAUCGAACAAUAGGGCGCUGUACGCAGAAGUUGAAGAGAAUUUUGUUGAUCUCCUAUGCAGUUUCCUCUCAUUCCCAAUCGGUUACAUCUUUAAAGAAUUUCCAUAUUUGUCCUUCAAGGGAUGCAUGGGCAAUUUAUACAAGAGUGUCCAAGAUUUUGAUGUCAACAAGUUCUUCAAAUCAGAGGAGAUGAAGGCAAUUCUACUCAAUCCAAAACUAGCCCCUGGUUCCUCUUAUGGCAACAAACUAAUUGGUAUUGAAAAAGCUGUAAACCUGUCACGUGAGACUCUUUCUUCCCUGGUCAAGAACGAAUGCCGUAGUAAAAGUUUAGAGUCCCCUCUGCAGGAAGUUAAAAUUGGUGGCGGACUAGUGAAAGGACCGUCUAUGUUCAUGGUGACGGAUAGUUUAUCAAUAGCACCUUUAUCUCCAAUCUCAGGCAUAUUUCUUAUCAACAGAUUAAAGGUACCUCUCAGCGACAUUCAGAAAUUGGAGGUGAAUAUGGGUAAGGAGGAGUAUGAACAAGCAUCGAGUCAGAUGGUUAAUCGGGACAAAUCCUCUUUCUUCUUUAGCCCGAACAUGCCUCACAUUGUCAAGAUUGAGAUUGCAAAUGUGAUGAAUAUCAGACUCGAGACUGGAGGGAGCAAAUAUUUGGGGCUACCGUCAAUCAUUGGAAAAUCCAAGAGGGCUGUAUUCUCAUAUGUUACGGAUUGCGUGGGCACAAAGUUAAAGGGCUGGUCGGAGGCAAGACUUAAUAAUGCGGGUAGGGAAGUUCUUAAAUCAGUGGUAAUGACCAUGCCCAACUAUGUUAUGCAGUGUUUCCUCCUACCGAAAGGGCUUUGCCGGCAACUGUGUAAAUCCAUGAGCAGAUUUUGGUGGGGCAGCAAGAAGGGGGAGAGAAAACUUCACUUGGUGAGAGAAUUUUUCGGCCCUAUAGAUGCCCAAUAUAUUUUGGCUAUCCGAGUCAGUCAACAAGGAAUUCCAGACAAGGGGGUAUGGCAUUACAUUGAUGAUGGCAAAUUUACGGUCCGGUCAGCAUACCAUGUAGCAAAAUCCCUUCUAUUUCCUAAGAAAUCCACUGUGAAGGGGGGACCGAGUUCGGGAGGAUUGGAUCGAGUGAAUUGGAAGGCCAUUUGGAAGCUUCAGAUCCCGAAUAAGGAUGGCAAUGGUGGUGUGGGUUUUGUGGCUCGGAAUAGAGAUGCAAUAUUGGUGGGAGCAGCAAUGGAAAUAUUUAAGGGUCCUCUCUCUCCUCGUGUAAUUGAAGCUUUAGGAUUCCGGUUCGGUCUUACUACUGCUUUACGUUGGGAUUAUUCUCGAAUUAUCGUUGAGGGGGAUGCACUUCAGAUUGUUCAAGCUCUCAAUGGCUAUCGAUCCUUCGUUGACUGUGAUACCAUUAUUUUAGAUUGUCUCCAAAUUGCUUUGAAUUUUUCCUCAUGUCUCUUUUCUCAUGUGAAACGUGGUUGUAAUAGGGUAGCACACUUUGUGGCUAGGAAAUCCCUAUCGGGUAAUGGAUCACUUAAGUUUUUAUUGAAAAUCAUGGAGAGCGAUGCUUCUCAAACUAUGAGUUUGAAGAUCCUUGUGGAGAAAGAGAAAAAUCAAAUUGUUUUUGUGGAGGCAAACAAGGAUUUUGUGGAUGUUCUAUUCAGCUUCCUUACAAUACCUAUUGGAACAAUUGUCAGACUCACUCGUGAGCACUUUUUGAAGGAGAAGAUUGGCUGUUUAAACAACUUAUAUGAAAGUUUGGAAAAGUUUGAUGAAAACUUUCUAUCCAGUGAGCACAAAGGGAUACUUCUUCAUCCGCGAUGUGCAACUGAUGUCUACUGUAGGGACCUAAAGGUAAAUUUGGUUGAAUGUAACAAAAGCAAGUAUUAUGCGUGUCGCGAUGCAUAUUGUAGUUUUGUGAGCUAUUACCAAAAUGAUUCUUGCCUGUGCGGAGAAGCCUUAGUCUUCGAGGUAAAUCUAUUAGACCCAGGUCCCGAAGGUGGAAGUGGAUUUAUAAAACCAACGGUGCGUUUCAUGGUAACCGAUGACUUUAAAGUGUUGCCUAUGUCUACCAUGGCUGGCUUGUCUCUGCUUAGCAAUUUUGGAGCAUUAGAUGGGAGCAAAAUCGAAGAGAGAAUGCUGAACGUAGGAAAGGAUGAGGUUCUGAAAUUGCUCAAGUGUUCAUUAGCAUCAAGAACGCCUUUUUCUGACUCUAUUUUGAAACCUCGCUUCAGUAAGACAAAGCCCAUUAAGUAUGGACCGAGGAGGAUGAAUCUAUCUCAAAGAGACGUGGACACAAGAAAUAAGGAAGAAAAGAUAAACUUGAAGCUUAUCAUAAACAGAUCGAACAAUAGGGCACUGUAUGCAGAAGUUGAAGAGAAUUUUGUGAAUCUCCUAGCCAGUUUCCUCUCAUUUCCAAUCGGUUAUAUUUUUAAGGAAUUUCCAUAUUUGUCCUUCAUGGGAUGCCUGGGCAAUUUAUACAAGAGUGUCCAAGAUUUUGAUGUCAACAAGUUCUACAAAUCAGAGGAGAUGAAGGCAAUUCUACUCGAUCCAAAACUUGCCCCUGGCACCUCUUAUAGCAACAAACUAAUUGGUAUUGAAGAAGCUGCAAACCUGUCAUGUUCGACUCUUUCUUCCCUAUUCGAAAUAGAAUGCAUUGGUUUGAGUUCAGAGUCCCCCCUGCGGGGAGUUAAAAUUGGUGGCGGACUAGUGAAAGGACCGUCUAUGUUCAUGGUGACGGAUAGUUUAUGGAUAGCACAUUUAUCUCCGAUCUCAGGCAUAUCUCUUAUCAACAGAUUAAAGGUACCUCUCAGUGACAUUCAGGAAUUGGAGGUGAAUAUGGGUGAGGAGGAGACUUUGCAUCUCUUGGUGGCUUCGUUGGUGUCGAGAUCUGCAUUGACUGAUGCUUUUGUGCGUAAGGAGACGAAGCAAGAAACCUCAGGUAAAACAGCGUUGUCUGAUUGUCUCUAUGCCAGCAGAGAGGAAGAAACUCUGGUGUUUGCCUAUAAGCCUAUGUUCUAGUGCAACAAUGCAAACUUGCUUUAUUAGCAUUGAUAUUCUAAUCCGCAGCUGAUGUAAGACCUAUUUGUAUUCUUUGCUUUCCUUUUUUAUUGUUUUUUUGGUUUUGUGAGACCCUUUUGUGUGGUUUUGUCUAAUUUGGAGAGACUAUUGUGUGGCAAUGGUGUUAGGGUAUGGUCUGAAUUUCUGAUUGGGCAUCAUGCCCGCAUGCCACUAAGCAGCAAAUAGGGUUCCUUCUUUAAA